AUUCGAAAGAAGGCUAUCAAAUCAAGCCAUCACACUUGGGAUUUAAGACCCAUGAACAGGUCAGCAACACACGUCGUGACAGAGUUUAUUCUCCUGGGAUUCCCUGGUUGCUGGAAGAUUCAGAUUUUCCUCUUCUCAUUGUUUUUGGUGAUUUAUGUCUUGACCUUGCUGGGAAAUGGAGCCAUCAUCUAUGCAGUGAGAUGCAACCCACGACUACACACCCCCAUGUACUUUCUGCUGGGAAACUUUGCCUUCCUUGAGAUCUGGUAUGUGUCCUCCACUGUUCCUAACAUGCUAGCCAACAUUCUCUCCACGACCAAGGCCAUCUCAUUUUCUGGGUGCUUCCUCCAGUUCUAUUUCUUCUUUUCACUGGGAACAACUGAAUGUCUCUUUCUGGCAGUAAUGGCUUAUGAUCGAUACCUGGCCAUCUGCCACCCACUGCAGUACCCCGUCAUCAUGACCAGAAGGUUCUGUGGUAAGCUGGUGUCUUUCUGUUGGCUCAUUGGAUUCCUUGGAUACCCAAUUCCCAUUUUCUUCAUCUCCCGACUCCCCUUCUGUGGUCCUAAUAUCAUUGAUCACUUCCUGUGUGACAUGGACCCAUUGAUGGCUCUAUCCUGUGCUCCAGCUCCCAUAACUGAGUGUAUUUUCUAUACUCAGAGCUCCCUUGUUCUCUUUUUCACUAGUAUAUACAUUCUUCGAUCCUAUAUCCUGUUGCUAAGAGCUGUUUUUCAGGUCCCUUCUGCAGCUGGUCGGAGAAAAGCCUUCUCUACCUGUGGUUCUCAUUUGGUUGUGGUAUCUCUUUUCUAUGGGACAGUCAUGGUAAUGUACGUAAGUCCUACAUAUGGCAUCCCAACUUUAUGGCAGAAGAUCCUCACACUGGUAUAUUCAGUAAUGACUCCUCUUUUUAAUCCUCUGAUCUAUAGUCUUCAUAAUAAGGACAUGAAACUCGCUCUGAGAAAUGUCCUGUUUGGAAUGAGAGUUCGUCAAAAUUCAUGAGCCAAAGAUGUGCCAUAUUUAUAAGUUCUAACGAAGAACAAGGUCGAGAUGUUGUCAGUUCUUUAGCAGUCUUUUAGUCCUCAGACUGAGAAGUUAGAGGUUGUAUAUUUUACCUGGAAGUAUGCCCAGCUGAAAUACGUUUUCAACACUGACUCUUUAAACCUUAAUUAACUGGUCAUCGACAUCCACUAAAAAGUUUCCAAGCCUGUCUUUAUUAGAAUGAUAAAAUGGAAUUGCUAUGUGAAAUGCCCUCCUGCUGUCAUGCCCCAUGGUUCACCAUUGUAUAACUUCUUACUCAUAGCAACAAGACAAUAAACCCAACUUUGUUCAACUGCAGGUAUGUUCCUAGGAGUCUUUGUCUGAUGGGAAUCAAUAGUAGCACAAUACCCAGCAAACAGUAAGGCCUCAAACAUGUUUGUUAAAUAUCUCUAUCUCAAUUUUUUUACUUACAACAAUAAUAUGUGAUUGUUGUAACAAACUCAAGCAAUUCAGAAGAAUUUCCAUCUUCACUCCCAUAUUCACCAACUUUCCUCUCUGCUCCUCAGAGUCAAUACAUCUAAAUCCCUCUCUCUGGUCCUCAACACCCUUCGUAAUACAUCCCCACCAAAUCUAUGUCAUUUGUUUUCCAUUUCUUCCCAACAUCAGCCCUCAGUUCUAGUCAGGCCAGUUACUUUAUUUAUUCCACUCUAUCAUCUUUUCACCUUUUCUUAGGCUCGCUCUUUCUU